UCAGUGGUUUGCACCCAGCCUCGACUCCUGUUUACUUAGCCGGGAGGAGCUGAGUUUCAGUUCACCUUGGCUCAGAAGAAGCAGCUGGAGCAGGUACCUGGCUUUCGCACCUGUUUCUCCUGCACCUGACAUGCAGCUGCUGCUCCUGUGGUCACUCCUGCUCCAGCCCACCUCUCCACUCAGCUCUCCUGCAUUCUGGGUUCCAAUCCUUGCCUGACAGCCUCAGACACACUGCUGCCUCCCCGUUCUCACUCUCCUGCCCUCAUCCCCUCCCUGGGAAAGGUCUCCACCAGAGAACUCUGGAUUAACAGGAGGUCUCCUCUGAACAUUCUGCACCAGGGAAUCAUGGCAGAUGUUGUCUGGUGGAAGCUGACCUUUUUGCGCAAAAAGAAGUCAACUCCCAAGGUGCUGUAUGAGAGCCCGGACACUUAUGCCCACCUAGACGGAGGUACUGAGCCCACUCGGCCCGAGGGAGUGAGUCCCAACAGCAACUUUAAUGCCCGGCUAGAGAAAAUUGUGGACAAGAACACCAAAGGCAAACAUGUCAACGUCUCCAAUUCUGGCCGAUUUAAGGAGAAGAAAAAGGUUCGAGCCACGCUAGUGGAAAAUCCCAAACUUUUUGAUGAUGGAGAUGGGAAAGGACAGUGAAGGGUGAGAAGGGGGAUGCUAAGUACCUCCUCCUUUCCUACCAUCAGCUGGAUUCUGAAAAGGAAAACUGAUACUCCAACCUCUCUGUACUGUCCUCCACACCUGUGGGCAAGGAAAUGUCUCUAUUAUUUAUAGAUGCAUGACUCUCUACUUGGGAAGGCUGGCCUUGGAGGUCUGGGCUUGUCUCCACUCCCACAUGGAGGGUCCUCCUUAGUUCAAGGGUCGUAUCUCUGGAAAGAGAAAGAAUAAUAACCCAGGAAGGGUCAAUCCUCAUUAAAACCCUAGGCAGUGCCUACUGGGAGGGAGGGAGGGAUGAAUGGAUGGAUGGGUGAAGGUGGGGUGCUAUUCCUGUUCCCCAGGAACAAGGAUCAGGAUCAGGUUUGAAUUGCUGCUCUUUCCUCCACGUUCACCCUAGCCUUUUCCCUGUGGGAACUUUUUCUAGAAGCUGCAUGGAACAAGGAUGGCAUAGUCUUUUCCCCAAGAGUCAGGGGAGUAGGGAGACUCAAUCCCUUAUCUCACCUCCUUUUGCACUUCCUGGAACUUUGCUUAAAACAUGUGGCCAGAGGAGGUUCCCUCCAACUUCCUGUAAGACUCCAAAGGGAUAGACUGGCUGACAUCGGAUAUCAGUUUCUGCUAGGGACACUCCCUUCUAGGUGUGUCAAGAUAGACAGUGACAGUGGGGGAGCUACAUGGCUCUAAGGAUUCCUGCUCAGGGGAACCAAGAUGGCCCACCUAUCUACUCUCCCUGUCAGAACAUGUAGUUAAGAGAAAUGCCCCGGAUGACAUCCUGGGUCUUGAAUUUUUAAGUUUGGUCAUAAAUUUCUUUUUGGUAAUAAACAUGAGUUGAAACUGGA